AUGGAGGAACAAGUAGAUCGACUAGUGGACAAAGUCUGGAGAAAAUUCCAGUCUGUGCCUAAUGAUGCUCGCUUAAUGAUUGCUAUAAGUGGUAUCCCCGGCUCUGGGAAGACAGGUCUGGCCGGUAUUAUGGCCAACCGUAUCAACCAGCUCUACUCAAAACAACAUCCGAAUUCAACUAUCGCGACAGACAUCCCCAUGGAUGGCUACCAUCUCACACGAGCGCAGCUGGCGCAAAUGCCCAAUCCCGAGUACGCCGCUGCACGGCGUGGGGCGGCAUUCACCUUUGACGGGGAGAAAUUUCUAAGGCUAGUGCAGGCGCUGAGAGAGCCAGUUACAUCGGAAUCACGAAGCUUGUACGCUCCAAGCUUUGAUCAUGCAGUCAAGGAUCCCGUCGACGACGACAUUGCCAUUGCGCCGACCAGCAGAGUGAUCUUUUUCGAGGGCAAUUACCUCAGCCUGAACAAAGAGCCCUGGAGCACUGCGGCAGCCCUCAUGGAUGAGCUAUGGUUCGUGGAGGUUGACUUUGAGACUGCCCGGAAGAGGCUCGUCCGGAGGCAUAUCCAAGCGGGGCUUGCCAAGGACGAAGCCGAGGCGGACAAACGGGCGAUGGAGAACGAUCUUGUGAACGGAAGGGAAAUCGUUGAGAACCGAAUGGAUGUUCAAGAGAUCAUAACGAGCCAUUAUGAUACCCGGUGGAAUAGUUAG